CAACACUCGAAGAAGAAGAAGAAGAAGAUACCGGUAAUUUUCAUCUCCAAUGGCGUCCUCUGUAACAACACCACCUUCACUCUCUUUCUUCUCCUCCUCAGUCUUCUUCACCUCGUCUAACCGCCAAAACCUCAAACCCCUCGUGGCCUUCAGACCCAAUUCCCUCAAAACACUCAACGCCAGACCUCUAGCCAUCAGCUCCGAGCUCGCUACUCUACCAAUCCUCUCCUUCACCGGUGAAAAAAUCGGUGAGACCUACCUCGAUGUCAAGGCAGCACCGCCAGAGACAGCACGCGCCGUCGUCCACCGAGGAAUCAUCACGGACCUCCAGAACAAGCGUCGGGGUACCGCCUCAACCCUCACCCGAGCUGAGGUUAGGGGUGGAGGCAAGAAGCCUUAUCCUCAAAAGAAGACGGGCCGGGCCCGACAAGGGUCCACGAGAACCCCUCUACGACCCGGUGGAGGGGUCGUGUUUGGGCCUAAGCCCAGGGAUUGGAGCAUCAAAAUCAACAGGAAGGAGAAGAGGUUGGCCAUUUCGACGGCGGUGGCUAGCGCCGCCGUGAACACGAUUGUGGUGGAGGAUUUUGGGGAUAAGUUUGAGAAGCCGAAGACGAAAGAGUUCAUUGCGGCGUUGAAGAGAUGGGGUAUCGAUCCGAAGCAGAAAUCGAUGUUCUUGGUUAUGGAUUUGAGUGAGAAUGUGGUUCUUUCGAGUCGGAAUAUUGGGACCCUGAAGAUGUUGACUCCGAGGACCCUUAACCUGUUUGAUAUAUUGAAUGCGGAUAAGCUUGUAUUGACUCAAGAUGCGGUGGAUUACUUGAAUGGCCGGUACGGUGUUGAUUUUGAGGGAGAGGCUGAGGAUGAGGAAGAAGAUGAAGAAGCUGAUGGUGGUGAAGUUGAACUAGUAGAAGAAGGAGUUGCUGCGGAUGAGAACCCUGCACCAGCCGAGUAAUAUUUUGGAGAAUAGAGAUGCUGGUUCUUGUGACAUUUUUUUUCCCUUGGUCAAAUAGUCUCCCUCUUGUCUUGCAUAAAGUUACAAGCAUUUAGUGUAGCCUUUGAAAUCUUUUUCAGAAUCUGAGGCUGGUUAUGGUAGAUUCCAGUGCAUUCAUUUGUAUCAAUCUGCAAAUUCUCUCUUUUUUUAAUGCAAAUGUAUCUAAUUUGACCGGCGGCUAUUACCCAA